UUAAUUAUAGUUUUAUUUGCAAACCUUGUAAGGUUACACAUCGCAAGAACUUUUAACCAUUACUUGCUCUUUUGCGGAACUCCAUUAUUUAAAUAAACUUCUUUAAUUGCAAUGAUCUAUUCUUACAUUUUAUUAUUUGCUGUUGUCGUCAGUCAAAACCGGUCCCAAUCAAUUUUUGAUCGAGAAGAGAAUUGGGAAAAACAACAUGAAACUAAAAUUAAAUCUAUUAUUUUAAGGAAGUUGAAUAAAAAUUUAGAGAACCGAAAACUUAGCAAUUUUAGCGAAAAUUACUCGAAAUUUUUUAUUAAAAGAUUAUUGGAAGAAGAAAAUAAAGAAAAGACUAAGAUAGUUGUAACUGCUGAAAAAGUUUUAAACAGUCCAACUGAGAUUAUUAUUACAACUAAUUUCAACACAAUUGAAGCUCAGUCAACUAUAUCAACAGCCAAUUUGUUUUUCUAUAAAAAACCAACUAAUUCAGAGUCAGAUGUGCUUAUAAUAUAUGUUAAACUAAAUGGAAGUGUAAUAUCAACCAUAUCAGUUUCAAAUAAGUACACGGGUUGGCUGGAUGCUGAUGUCAGCGCUGCGUUGCAAACAUGGGUAAAAUAUUCAAAUGGUAAAACGAAUUCUUUUUCCUUAAUAUGUGACAAUUGUAACGGCAACAACUUUGAAGUAUCCAGUGAAAAUAUGCAUGUUCCAUACUUGAUUAUAAACAUUGUCAAAGUUAAACAGUUACCACGCCAGCAACAUAAAAGAUGGAGUUGUAACCAAGAUGCAAGUUGUUGUUCUCGUCCUGUUUAUGUCAGUUUCGAAGAUUUAAGUUGGAACUGGGUAUUAUCGCCAAAAGGUUUUUGGACAAAUAAAUGCAUGGGAAACUGUAAAGACAAUAAACAAGGAAUUAAUAACUGCUGCAUACCAAUUGAACACGAAUCAAUAACAAUGUUUUAUUAUGAUAACGAUUAUAUUUUUUACGCAAAAAAAGUUAAUAACAUUGUAACCAAAGAAUGCGGGUGCCGCUAAAAUUUGAUUUUCAUUUUUCAAGAACAAAAGCUUCGAAUAUUAACGAACGUGUAUUUUUAUUAUAAUUAUUAUUAUUAUUAAUCAAUUAAUUUAAAAGUACAUGCUGGACGUGUUAAAAUUUUACCUUUUUGUGUAAAAAUUCUAAAUUGAAAUGAAAUUCAACUGAGAUUCUUAUCUUUCAUUACAAACUUUAAACAUUUUAUGGAGUAUUUUUUAGGUUUUUAAGUUUUUAAGAACAGUUUUUAAGGCAAUAUUUUUUUAGCUUUUAUUUUGAUUUGCUUUUUAUUGGUUGGUGUAUUCUUGCUGGUUUUAUAAAAAAAAGUAAAAAAAAUUAUGUGA